AUGGGGUCGGGCUAUGGAGGUGCUGGUUUUGGCAGCAGGGGUGGUGGAGCUCUGGGGACCUGCACACCCGUUGCCAAGGUCACAGUCAAUGAGCAUCUGCUCCAGCUGCUCGAGCUGGAGAUGGACCCAAACCUUCACUCUGUGAAGUAUCAGGAAAAGGAGCAGAUCAAGACCUUCAAUAACAAACUUGCAUUUUUCAUUGACAAGGUCAAGUUUCUGGAGCAACAGAACAAGGUGCGGGAGACCAAAUGGGGAUUUCUACAGGAACAGAAGUGUUACAGGAGCAACAUCGAGCCAAUGUUUGAAAGUUAUAUUGGCAACUUGAAGAGGCAGCUGCAUGUUCUGGGAAGCGACAGAGCCAAGCUGGAAACAGAACUGAGCACCAUGCAGGGUAUCAUGGAAGAUCACAAGAAAAAGUAUGAAGAGGAAACCCACUGGCAAAUUGCAGAGAAUGAGUUUGUCAUGAUCAAAAAGGACGCGGAUUGCGCCUAUGUGAACAAAGCUGAGCUGGAAGCCAAGGUGGAGUCCUUCAUCCAACAGAUCAACUGCCUGAGGAGCCUGUAUGAAGUGCGCCAAGCGUCCAUUUCAGACACCUAUGUUAUUGUGCAAAUGGCCAACAGCUGAAGCCUGGACACGGACGACAUCAUCGCUGAUGUCAAAGCUCAGUAUGACAACACUGCCAAAAGAAGCUGGGCUGAUGCAGAGUCCUGGUACUACAGCAAGUAUGAGGAACCGAGAGAAACCACUGGCAAACACGACGACAGCUUGCGUAACACAAAGAAUGAAAUUGUGGAGCUGAAUCGGGUGAUUCAGAGACUGACUGGAGAACACGAAAACACCAAAGCCCAGAGACGCAAACUGGAAGGAGCCAUGGCUGAAACUGAGGAGCACAGGGAAGCGAUUGGCAAGGAUGCAAAGUGCAAACUCUCCAGGCUGGAGGUAUCCCUGCAGAAGGUGAAGCAGGACAUGGCCCAUGAGUACCAGAAGCUCAUGAAUGUCAACCCAGCCCUGGACAUUGAGAUUGCAACCUACAAGAAGCUGCUGGAUGGAGAGGAGAGCAGGUAG